AUGAUCAACGCGGUUCUGGUCUUCAACAACAACGGUGAGCCGAGGCUCACCAAAUUCUACACCCAAAUCGACACCCAAGCAAAGAAAGAAUUAAUCGGCCAAAUCUAUGAUCUCGUGUCGCGACGACCCCCGACCGCCUGCAACUUCCUUCCUCUUCCCCCGAUGCUGUCGCGUGGGGCCAUGUCCACCGUGGAGCUUGGCCCGUCCGAUGCCCCGACACAAGUCAUCUACCGGACCUAUGCCACGUUGUCGUUCAUCAUGAUCGCCACAUCUACGGAGUCCCCGCUGGCGCUGAUCGAUCUCAUUCAGGUCUUUGUCGAGUCCCUGGACCGGAUGUUCGAGAACGUCUGCGAGCUGGAUCUCAUCUUCGGGUUCGAGUCGAUGCACGCAGUGCUGGCGGAGAUGAUCAUAGGCGGGGUGGUGUUGGAAACCAACACGGAGAAGAUCGUGGCGAGCGUGCGAAGCCAAGAGGGUCCGGCGGCCAAACGAUCCAUCCACACCGCCGGCGCGAGUAUGGGGCGUGGUGGACUGCCUGGCCUGGGUGGCUGGCGAUGA